AUGAACGUGUUCGCCGUGUUUGCAGCCGUUUUUGGCGUCGUCGACGCCGAACUUCAGCUCGUUCAAGUCCUUUUUCGGUGAGUUUCUCGGGAGAAGUUCUUUCGGACGAGUAAGUAGGCUUUUGGGGUAUUUUUGAAAGUAGGCUUUUUUGGUUUCAAAGUUUUUUAGUACACUUUUAACUUUUUCUAGCUUUUUUUUGAUCUAUUUUUGAGAUAUUUUCAAUGUAAGAUCAGCAUUACCAAAAUCUACUUCGAUUUGUUCAGGUCAAAGGUAGUUUUGAGGUCAUUUUUCGGCCUUUAUUUUUUUGUUAUUUUUUUGAAGUUUCCACGUUCUUAACAUUUCCAAAACUUUUUUUCAAAUUUUUUUUGUGUCUGAAAACUUUCAGAAGGUCUCAUAAGGUAAUUUGAGAAUGUUUUGGGUAUUUUCACCCUCGGAAAAUGAAAGCCUAAUUUUUUGCUUGUCCAAUCCUUGAAAUUCAUAACAUUUUUCUAGACACGGCGACCGAGCGCCCUCGUUCACCUACCCAAAAGACGAACAUCACUCGGCCAUCGACUUCCCUCGAGGAUUUUCCCAACUUACCGCUCAAGGUUCUUAUUUUCUUAUGAAUUAGAAACUAGUAGACAUGGAAAACAAAAGGAUUUUUCGAGCAUUUUGAGACUUUUCCUACGAAAACAGGAAAUGAAUCACCUUUUCUGAAGUGUUAGGACAUCAACGACAAAGUUCCUAUUUCCAUCACAAAGUUUGUUUUCCAAAACUUAUUUUGAUCUUUUAAGACUUUUUCUCUUUAUCAGUGACUGUGCUCCUCAACUUUUAUGAUUCAAAGUUGAAGUUUUUGGUCUUCAAAUCAAGUUUAUUAUUCAAAAAAAUCCUAAAUAUUUUUCGUAAACGUUUACCUAAAUGUUCAUAUUCUGAAAAAGAAUUAAAAUUUUUUUCAUUAAAAAUUUUAGUUCCAUAAAAUAACCAAUUUCAGGUUAUGAACAAGCUCAAGAGCUGGGAGAGUACCUCCGGUAUCGAUACAUGCAACGGAACUCUUUCGUGGACCGAUUCGACAGAAAAGAAGUAGGCGAAACCCAAAAAUGGCCUCUCUAAAUAAAAAAACAAGGUUGUGAUGCGCUCCAGCGACAAAGACCGCUGCAUUGAAACAGCGAUGGGCGUGGCUUCAAAGCUUUUCCCCGGCGAACUGGUCCCAGUUCACACCUACUCAAAUCACUAUGAAGACCUUGUAAGCCAUAAAGAAAGAUAUCGAGAAUAAAUGGAAUUUUUCAGUUGCUCAAGCCGAACAGUGUGAAAUGCCCCAAGGCUGAGAAAAUGGUUGGAAAAGACCGUCUGGAGAUGAGAAAAAGCAUGAAUCGUGAAUAUUCGACGCUCUUCGAGUUCCUCUCCGAGAAAACUGGCUGGGAAGUGGAUGCUUCGAAUAUUGAAGAUGUCUUCAAUGUCAUCUAUCGAAAGGUUUUUUUUAAAUCACAGAUUUGAAAAAAAAAAACUUUACAUAAGCUUCGGAAGUUGGAAUAGGAAUGCUUAUAAAGAAAUUUACUUCUCGAAAAAAAAAACGAUAAAAAAUAGGACAAUUUUUUUCAUUUGUUCAUUUGGCACAAAUUUAUAUGUUCCUAAUUAAAUACUGCUAAUGAAAAACUGCUUGCUCAUAAUUCAAUCAAUUAAUUAAAAAAACUUACAGAAAUAAAAAAAUUUUUAAAGAAAAAAAUUUUUAAAAAAAUGCGCGUACACUGAGGUGUUUGGCUCCUUUCGAGUGCUUGCGUACUUACGCUGUACAGCAUGCUUCAAUCAAAAAAAUAUUUUUUUUAUGAAUUUCUGUCAAAAAAACAGAGUAAAUGUUUCAUCAACUCGCUUUGGAAGUAUCAAAGGUCCAUCAAAGUCGAUAGUUUGAUGUCUUUCUUGAUAUAAUAGUUUAAGAUAAUCAUAGAGCAGCCCGAUGAUCCCUAAAUUCACAAAACAACUUUCAAUUUGAUUUAUUUUUUCAGCACGCCAACGGAAUUCCGCAACCGUCUUGGGUUUUUGCGCCCUACGGUGAGAAUCGGACAGUUUUCGAUGAGGUCGUCGAGCUGAAACGUCAGUCGCGCCUUGAGGCGUUCAACAGCGACGAGAAGGCUCGACUCCGGACUGGAUUUCUUCUGGGACAAAUGGAUCGCGAGAUCAGGGAGAAGGUCGCUGGGGUUUCCAGACGAAAAUUGAUGCUUUUCGCGUCGGUGAGCAGCCUGUCGAAAACAACUGAUAAGAAUGGAUGAUGGUUUCAGCAUGACGCGACCGUGACGUCACUUCUGUACAGCCUUGGCGUUUCCAACAACCAACUGCCUCCCUAUGCUGCCGCCGUUUUCCUCGAACUCCACGAAAUUAAGGGGAUUCAUACUGUCAAGGUUUUUUUAUUUAGAUUCUUUAGUUUCAUAAGUUGAGUAAAUUUAAGAUGUUCUUAUUCGAAUUUCAAAGAAGCCUGAAGUUUAAAAAUUUAUUUUCCAGGUCCUUUACCGAAACGUGACGUCACAAGAGCCUCAUGAGCUCGAGCUGCCGCCAUGCCGUGGAUCUGCUCACUGUCCCUUGGCUCUGUUUCAACAUUUUGCCGCCGAUCGCAUCUUCGCCUCUCGUUCCGAGUUCGAAGCCGCCUGUGACAGCGUGGAAGCAUCUGAAGACGUCGUCUUGGACUCAGAAGACGUUAUUCAUGACGUCAUUCUUGGAGACGUGUCCCGCAUCGUCCAUUCUUACGUCUUGCCGCCGAUUGUCGUCGCCCAAGCCACCGCGCUCAUCUACUUCUAUCUUAGUACAAUUUCUAAAGAGUUCCAACACUAAUAAUCUUGAUUAACUUGCCCAUUUUGUUGUCUUUUGGUCAUAGGAAACUAUUGAGGUGCUCUGCCUGAAAAUAUAUUUUCGCCCGGUGUCUUUUACGAUCUCGCUUCUCUUCUCUUGCUUGCCCACAGAACAAUGAAUAUUUUCACAUUAUCUUGUUGAAUUUCGUCUUCAAGCAAUAAGGAAAAUAGGUUUUAAUAGCGUUACAAACGUUGGAAAAGAGUUUAUGCUGAGAACAUCCGUAAUAAAUUUUUCAGCCAGAAAAGAUAAAUUUCCAAUUGAGGAGGGUAGAGUUUCAAGUUAGUACGCAAACACUCAAGAGAACUGUGAGCAUCACACUUGACGCGCAUCAUUUAAAUUUAUUUUUAAAAAAAAAUUCGUACUUUUUUUUGCAAAUAAUUUUCUUGUAACGGCUUCAUUGAAUGAUAGAGAAUUUUUUUUUCUGAUAGAAUCAUCUUUUUUUGAACGUUUUCCAUUUUUUUCCCUAUGGACAAAGUCAAAAAUUCGAAUUUGUUUGUUUUUCAGCGUUUUUUUCCUCCGGAUAUCCGCGCUUUCAAGUUUUUGAUUGUUUUCAGAUAUCAAGAUGAUCGUGAUCUUAUUUUUUCUUUCGUUUUAAAGAGACGGGAUCGAUAUGGGAGCGAAUGAUAAUGAAAAAUUAGGUAUUGUGAGUUUUUCUGCUUUUUCCUUAAUUUUUUUGACUUACUAUUUCUCUACUCUUUUUUUCACAGGGGCUUUGCGAUACAACCUUCAGCAAGGUUUUUUUUAAUAUAUGUUCAAAUUUUUUUCCAACAAAGUAUCUUUGAAUAGACAUUAAAUUUGAGCAUUAUCCCGUUUUAAAUUUUUUUUUUCUAAAAAAUUGCCCUUUUUCCAUGAAGCGUGUCAAGUUAUGAUAGGAAUCGGUGUCGUCGAUUGUUUCCUUUUCAGCUCAAUUAGGGGACCCCUCAAAAUUGACAGAGCUCACGGAGGAACGAAGGAAAAGGACUCGGCGACGAAAUGUUGACCCUCAUCUUCAGCGCCUCGUCCGUUUUCCCCCAAAUAUCGUCCGUUCUUUCUCUUCACUACUGUCCGCAGCUUUUCCUCCCACCUCGUGAAUGCUUCUUGUCCUUUCCCUUGCAACUCCCCUCUUUGUUUUCCUUUUUUCGAUUUUUUUAGUAGCCUGCAGAACGAGUUUCCGGUUUCAUCAUUUUUACAAGGUUUUGAAGUUCUUUUGUGAGUCUGAAAAAAUUAUGCAUGACCAAGAAAAAUGCAAAGUUUCAUUAAAAACUGAAUCAGUUAGGGUCUGCUCUGAUUUUCGAAGAGAUGCUGGAAAAAGUCAAACUUUGUUUUUUGAGAAUUUUUAGUUUAGGUUUUACAUACAGAAACACUAAAAAAAUUUCAUUUUCCAAAUUGAACUGAUCAUAUUUUUCUAAUUUAGAACUCAUUUCUGUUUCAUUAUCGUCUCAUAUAUAGUUUUUUUCAAUCAAUAACUUUGAUUUAUCUUUCUUUUGUGUAGUUAAAACUGAUUAAUUGAUUGAAGACGGAGGUUGAAUUUUUUCUGAAAAUUUUCUAUCACCAAUUAUAUUAUUUUAAGGCACAUUUUAAAUUGAACCUCAAACCUUCAUGUUUCUCACUUUUUUUUUGAUUUUCAUGGAAAUUUGACAACAAUUUCCAGUUCAUUAUAGUCAAUAAUACGCUUUAAAAAAAAUCAAAACAACGAGAAUUUUUUGAAUUGUGAAGUCAAAUUUGAUGUUUUAAACUUUCAUGCACAAUUUUUCCAUUGUAUCCUUCACUUUCUAGAAUAUUUUAAAUGUGGCUUAGCUGUUCGUUGAAUUCAAAACUAGCCUGGAAGUUUUUCAAGGAUACCAUUUUUUUUUAAAUAGAAAGUCUGACUGAAGAUAUUUGUGUCUUUUAGGGAUUUGAAAGAGUUUGCAAAUUCAUAUUUGCUAUCACCUUUCUCUCAUUUGUCAUUUAAAAAAAAGUUGGGAGCCACUUUGUCUUUAUACUAUGACGAAAGUAGUUCCAUUUACUGUUUUUUCUCGACAGUAAAUUCGAGUUUUGAGCUUCAUAAUGAAAUUCAGAUCGAUAGGAAAAAAGCGGCAAGGAGGCCAAGAUUGGGCUGUUGAAAAUGUUCGGGUGCAUCGCUCCGCCGCGGCAACAUCGACCGCCGCGCGGCUUGGCUCGCGGAAAUUCACAGGUUUUCACUUUUUAUUUGGCUUUUUUUUUCAAAGCGGAUCCAUUCUUUCCGAAACGGUUAAUUGAAAGUCCGAAUCGGAUACUUUCAAUCGAACCCUAAAAAGUCUUCCGACUCGAUUUUUCAAUUCGAGUCGGUCAAGUUCAACGUUUAAAAACGUACUUUUUACUCAGAAAUUUGAGUAUGACUCCGCCUGGGAUAGAAAAACUGAGUAUGGCAAAAAGCCUUCUAAACUUGAAUCGGUCCGAACUUAUUUUGUAGCUUAAAUCCCAGUGGGAGGUCAGUCCAAAUUCCAGUAUGCCGCAAAGACAGAUGAAAAACUUGGUACUACUCAAGGUAAAAAAUCAUUGAUUCCGUCUAAAAAAAAUUGUUUUCAUGGUUAAUAACAAUAUUUAUUUGUUUACAGGCAGAACAAAAUAACGUGUAAAAAUGGUUUGAGUAAGAAAAAAAAUAAGCAAUUAAGCCUGAAAUAAAUAAAUAAAAGGCGAUUGAGACCCUCCCGAGCCUCUGAGUCAGUAUUGAAAAAUGAUGAGGUAAAAAUAAGAAUUUUGACUGUUUCGGUUUGAGCACCCGAUUCGGAAAUUUUCUAGGAUUCGGUUGAAAAUAUCCGAUUCGGACUUACAAUUAACAAGCGUGAAUUUUUUCGGUUACCUUGUCCUUUUGAGAAAAACGAAGUUCGAUCCCAGGGAUUCGUAAGAUAAACAUGAUAAUUGUUCAAGGACUCGCGGGAGUUCCAUGUCGAGCCUCAUUUCGCGUCGCAACGGCCUUCCUCGGCAAUGCAACGGCAGCGGCCCUCGUCCGCCAGAAAUACGAGGGGUUCAUUCAGAUUUAUAUCAUUUUUUUCGUUUCACAGGGGCUAUAGAUCGGAGUUAUGUUGAAAUUUCACAGUAUUCGAGAAUAAGGUGAAUGGAUGAAAUAACUGUUGAAGAAAAAUUCAAAAUGUGGCGUUGAAAAAGGGAAAACUGUGAAUAAUAAAGGUUUCGAAAGUUCAAAAUAUCGGCAUUUAUCAGUUUGGUAGACUAGAAUAACCAUAAGCUUGAUUUUUGAGUUUAUAAAAAACAGGAAAAAAGAAAUGCCGUUAAUUGGUGCUUUUAAAUCUACGAAUGUUCUUCAAUUCCAUCAUUUAUAGCUGAAGUUAUGUUUCAAAAUGAUGAUAUAACAGAAGUUUUGAAAAAAAGUUGCUUUCAACAUUCUCCCGAAUUCAAACAUUAUUAUUCUUUUUCCACGAAAUCAAGGUCAAGGUGUUUUGAUUUUCCGAUAGUAUAUUGUAUUUAGUAACACCUAUGUAGGCGGAAAACAACGUCUUACCUUAUCUAACGAAAAAGCUCUUUAGCAAAGUCUUUACAAGACAAACACUGAUAAAGUCUUUUUCCGAUAAGGAGAGGUCUUAACAUCAAAGUUUCUCCUUAUUUUUGUUUUCGAUAUUUUUCCAAAAUAUUUUUUAUUUGAUUAAACGAUAAUCUCCUCCUGUACUUUGUGUUGUUUCGCUUCUUUUCGCACACAAAAAGAAACGUUCCUGAUGGUCCUGCGCCGUCCACUUAGCUUUUCGCACUCUUCCUCUGUUUGCUCCACGUUUUUUUCGCUUAUUUUUUCAUCUCGGUGUUAAAAAAUUGCCGCAAGAAAACUAGUAGAGUAGCCCCUGACUAGACAGAAAAAUAAAAAUCGGUUAUUUUGUAUAAUGAGGUAGAAAAUUAUCAUCUUGAUCUGAAAGUUAGAGUUAUUCUGCUUCGAGAAUUGAUUCUGUUUGAGAAUUUUGGGAAUUUCUUCUCUUUGAUUAUAUAAAAUUUUCCAUAUGACGGUUCACAGCCGUAAAAUGAUCCAUUUUCACGGAUUUUUAGAUUUUUUUUGACAGAGGUUUUCUUUCUUGAAAACCAGAAAGUCAUGCAAGUUCAAACUUUUUUUGGAUUUUUUUUUUUGGAUGGUUCCAAGAAUAUGAUUUAACUUAUCGUCAAGUUUAAAAAAAAAAUAUGUUUCGGUCGGUGGUUAUAUUAGAAUGUCUCUAAAAAAAAAGAAAUGGAAUUUUUUAAGAGCGGUCAGCGACGCCACCGGCCAUGUCCUUCUCGGGUCAAACGCCUCCAAAGCAAAAAGGCAUGAAGCGCCUCGACAAAUGGAUCGGUCAUCUCUUGAAUGAAAGUUUGUUCUUUUUCUUCUUCUUCUUGAAAGUCGCCGUCAAGAAAAAAAUAAUUGGAGUUUUUCUUUUUCGUAAACUGGUAAUUUGUGAGUAAAGAACUUUUCAAGAGUUUCUGAAAUUUGUAGAAAGUCCUGAAGAGGUACAAUGACUUACCAGCUUUCAGCUUUGUUUCCAAAUAUAAUAAACCGACUCUCCAAUAUGCUUUAAGGCAAAGAGGUCACUCUGUAAAUAAUAGGAAACAAAAAGCUUACUAAAAACAAUGAAGCUUAAACAAGGCUCCGACCAAAAGAAGUCUGUCUUCGAACUCGGGCUCCAUUAUUUCUGAGAACGAGCUCUUUGAAGGCUCUUUCGGAAGAACUGUGCGCAGAAAAGCGAUGUGAAGGACCAGAUUUUUCAAAUAUUAAAAAAAACCGAUAAAUUUCCAGAAAAGUGUUAAACAAAGUAGAACGAUUUUUUUUCCGUCUGGGCUAUUUAAUUUAUAACAGAAACAGAAAUAAUUAAACCUCGGAUGGUCUAAUUUUUGUAUCGAUUUGGAUCACUGCUUGGAUAGUUUUGGCUGGAAGGUCGCAAAUUUUUCACCCUUUUGACCAAAUUUUUAAUCGACAAAGUUUUCUAAUUUUUUGAAGAAUUGCUUAUAAGUUGUUUCUGCGUUUUUGAAAUCUUUUAUUUCCAUUCAAUUAUUUAGUGAUGCCUCAUUUUAUUCCUUCUCUAACAUUAUCAGUUCAAUUGUUUCAUAUUUUCACUGUUUGAUGGGACUUUUCAUACUUUUUCGUUCAUAUGAACCGUUUUAUUUCCAGUUCCGAGAUUGAUAUAGCCUUCUUUUGAUUUCUUCUUUCAAAUCACGAAUAAUGAUUUUUCAUCGUCAAGAACUUGGAUUCCGUAUAGGGCUGAAAGGAAGUAUCCUGAUUGAUUGAAUAGAGUUUGAUCACGUCCAUCCCUGGAUCAAUGUGGCAGGAAAUGCCGCGCGGCAGCCGGCUCGCCGAGCCUCGCCGAUAUCGGCUGUCCAGUCCCGGGUCGCUGUAAUAGUUUGUCGGCUCGUCCUCAAACUCUCGGCGGCCGCACUUUUCCCGCGGUUUUGAACGUUUACAACGCCGUCGGACAGGCUCCGUCCACGUUGAACCCCAUUUCGAUGCGUAAAAUGUUGUUCGACGGCACGCGUCGUUUUUGUCGCUUUUUAAACGGGAUCCUCACCUUUUUUCUUGUAGUCCAAUGUUGCCUUGAUCCGUAGGCUUGUUUGCAGUUUCAUCCUUGUGAUUUUAACUGUUUAUUGAUCUGGUAUUAAUUUUGAUUCCAAUUUAUUUGUUUAUUUUUAAAUUCUAGGUCCAUCAGCAAGAAUUUUAGGUGUCAAGUACACUUUUUCGAUAUUAAAGUUUUGAAAAUUUUUCUUAUUUUUCGGCUUUCAUUUUUUUCGCUCAUAAUGGCAAAAUUCAUGUGAUCCACGAGACACACAGAAGAUACUUUUGAAAUUUUUUUCUGUUUCGAAACGGUUGAUUUUUUGUUUGAAAGAGCGUGUCUAUUUCAAAAAAGUGUUCUACAAAAGUCUAGUUUAUUGAGCUCAUCCAGAAGUAUUUCAAACCUAUUUGGAUUCCGAGAUGUCGAAAAAAAUAAGACAUUUUUUGAACUCUAAAUUUAAAAUUACAGUCAGGAGUCUUUGGAACUCCGACUUUCUUCUCCGUUUUUGAGUUAUUUAAUUGAUUAGGUAUUCGAGUAAAACUUGUAAGUACUUUUUAGGUUUUCUUUUCAAUUUCAAGUUCGUUUUUGAUACUAGUAUAGAUUUUUUCUCGAAUUUGUCUUACCCAGAUUUUUCAUUCUAUUUUCCUUUUUUUUUUGCUCCGAUUUGUAGACUUUUUCUCACUUAUAUCUUUCAAUUCGGCUGUACUAGGGUGUAGUCAUUUCUUCAAUUUUUUUCGUCUUUUCUUUUGUAAUUUUCCAUUCCCAACGAGAAAAAUUUUCAAGUUCAGAGGACCUUGAGCUUCAAAGUCUCCUCUUGAACUUCAAAUUCCUCCCCGACCACAAAUAGCCUUUAAAUUUCCCUUCUGUGCGUUUUCCGCCAAUAGCUUUCAUAACCAUUGAUCAUCGCCGCUUCCAGUCCAGAAGCCGCCAAGUCUUCGAAAUGCCGAGCAGCCUGACGGCGUGGAAAAAUCGGCUGCUCGGAAGGAAGACGCCGGAGCCGUCGCACGCCGUCACAGUCACACUGCCGAAUGACCCUAUGAUCGACGCAGAAGAACCGCCGCCGCCACCAAAAAGAAACGUCCGAUUCGACGAGUCACGCAACACUCUCCAGCAGAACUACGUGGUUCCUGCGGAACCUUCGCCUCCAGAAUGGCAUAAUCAGUACGGCGAGGCUCGCGUCAUCGGCUCUGUCCGUCCCACCGGCACCAUCAACAUUGUUCCCAGUCCGUUGACUAUUCUAUUCGAUUCGUUUGUUCCACACGAAGACAUUCUGAGAAAAAGAACAAAUGUAGAUGGAAAUAAUUAUCUGUUUAUGUUUGAAAAGAAAUAAUCAUUUUUCAAAGCUAUCUGAAUUUCUCAAUUCAAACAGCACAUGAGUAGCUCAAAAUUUACAGAGAUUUGAGUUCUGAAGCGUCCGAACUAUUUCAAGGAAUUUAAGGAGUUGAACUUAAAAAGAACGCUCUCUUCUUAUUGAGGGAGGCUGUUUUAUCAAAUGAAGCUUACUAGGAAGCGUUUUUUUAGCCUUAAUCCUCUGUUCUGAAAACGAUUUUUCAGCCACCAGAAUAGCUCCGAAAGCUAAGAGUUUGCUUUCAGUAUUUUGCAGGCGCUCAGAAAAAAAUUAAGAUUUAUUUGUUCAGAAGCUAAUUAUUUUUUUAUUCGAAACAGUCUAGUCAUCUAUUUUUAUCUUUGAGCGAAAGUUAUAUGCACCAGAAACCCUCUUUUCUGUUCAUUCUCAGUCCACUAUCACGAACGAUGGCCCCAUGCCAAGGAAUUCGUAGUAUCAGAGAGGAAAAAAGAACAGUUGUUUUGAUAAAUCUGUUCAUCAGUGGAACAACUGACCCCUGUUGCACUUUUUUUUUCAUUUUACUCGACCGGAAACGGGGAAUCUAGUAUGAUAAUACUGACCUCAAAAUAUAAACUUCAACUCCGCCUAUCAUUUUUGAAUAUAGGUCACUUUUUCAAGUUCAAUUUGCGUUGUAACUUUCCGAAUAGUUGGGAAAAACGAGGAUUUCCAGCUGUUUCAGCUGUCAGUAAACCCAGAAAACAAAGAAAUUCGACCCUUUCUCACCUUACCGAACAACUGUCCCUGGUUGACCCUUUCCUAGAAGUUUAAAAGUUUUUUUUUCGAAAAUUUUAAGAGGUCUCGCGAACUCAACGUGUAGUUUGAAAAUAAGGGAAUUUUUACAUUCGAUGAAAUUUUGGUUUUCGGAUUUUCGAAUUUUGGGAAAUAUUUUUCUCUCACUUUAAGGAGAAGGUAUUCGAUACUGCAAGUCCGAUUGAAAGAAUUUUUUUUUAUGAAAGUAAAGAAAAUAUUAAAAAUCAAAGCUUCUUAAAGAUGUUGAAGGAUUACCAGAACUCAAUCGAUUUACAGUGGUUUGCCAAACUUGAAGGACCAGAACAAUUUUUAAAAAAAAGUCUGAAACGGCUACAACGAAAUAAAUAAAGUUUAUACUCUAUUUAGCGCCAGUCAGCACCUAACUGGAUCAGUAAGUUUUGAAAGAAAUAGUCCUGAAAGAAGUUUCAAACUCGCUGGGCUCAUCAAUGACUAUAAAGCAGUAUAAAAUCUAGCAUUUUUCUCAAUUUAUAAAACGAAGAAACGGGAACUUGCAGGCACAAGCAGUCGACCAGUCGCCGACCAAAGAGCUGGAGAAUGGCAGUACGCAGACGACGUCCGCGUCACCGUUGCUCCGCUCGCCGCCAACGAAAUCGACGACGAACCGAGGUUCCUGGUUUUACUGUUGCAAGGGUCAAGAGUUCGAGUCUUAUCAGCGACGAAAGCGAACGACAUAUUUUUGCAAUGCCAGAAGAUUGAACAAAAUUUGGGGUUUUGAAGAAUUCAUGAACAAAGAAGAUGUACAAAAAAAGUCCAAUUUUCAUGAAAAAUACGAGGACUUUUUUGUUUUGGAGCUUUGUAUCGAAAUGAUUAGAUAAGGUUUUCAGAGACGCGCCACGCAGCCGUUUUGCGCCGCCUUCGAGGGCUGGAACUGUUUUGCAGAGCUUACGGGAACAGGUAAAAAAAUAUUAAAAAAAUACCUUUGAAUAACAGAAAGAACAGGACAGUCUCUUUUUCUAAAUUGAUUCGAAAUAGAAGCCUCAAGAAGUCUGAAAUCACUAGCAUCAUGAGCAAAGAUUGUUUUAUCUCUCCUGACAAAGAUGAAAGUUUCCAGAAAGACCACCUGGACUACUCAGAACGACGGCGGCAGGUGAGUAGCACACUGCCGGCAAAUUCGACUCCUACAAGUUUCCGGCCGCCGGCCUAUGGGACUAUCAACCGGCAGCAGGUAAUCUAUUGAUUAAGGGCGAUUUGAGGUAUACAAUGAGAAUUUAUUCGAGUUUUGUGGUUGGUAGAACUCACACUAUAAAUAAAUCAUAAGUUGGGAUCCAUAAACUGAGUUUUUUUUUGAUGUCAUCAAAGUUUGAAGGCAGAGUGCUUUCCGGUUACACACGAUAAAAGCUCUCAAAGUUCUGACAAAUUCACAAACAUAGGGCUUUCUUCUUCUUGCUACGCCUUUGUACCGCUUGAGCGGCGUCGGCGCCACAAGUCGAUUAUCCGAGGUCCUAUCCUGAUAUCAGGGGACUAACUCCAGUGACAUAAUCGCCCUUGUGUGUGACGGUUGGAGAUUUUGAAGCCGUGGUUUCCCACUGCCAAUAUUUCUUGAACCCCUUGGUUGGGUCGGGGAUCGAACUUGUGACCCUGUAGACCGUAGACAAGAACACAACCUGUUGCUCUACGGCGCGCCUCCAACAAAUAUAGGACGUUAUUUUUCGUAAAACAGAUCUCCGAUUUUUAUCUCAGACACUUUCCUCAAAGGUUUCGCAGAAAAAUCUUAAAAAUUGCACUUUUGCUCUUCGCUUCUUGAAAACUUCUCAAAAAAAAGGAUUUUAGAGCGAAACGCCGACGCGAGCGAGGGAGAACGGCUUCAAGUAAGCUUUAAAAUUUCAAAAAAUGGACCAAAUGUAAACUUUCUCAGCGACGAUUAUUAUUCGAGUAUAGCGACGCGACAUCUCGACGACAUGAACGUCAUUUUCCUUCAAGCGAACGAUGAGGUGCUAGAUUUACUUUUAUCAGAAGUUCCAAAGAAGUUGUGCAGGUGAAACGGACGAUUCUGCCGCCGGUGAUCCACUCCCUGGAGCAAAUCAAAAUGGCUUUCGUCCGGGCUUUUCCCAAUAUCACCCGACAUUAUAUCGAACAGCCCCACGUCAAGAUCUACAUUCAGGUGAUAGUUCGAAGAAAAUUUGAGAAAACUGAUUUUUAUAGGAACAGAGCAAAGGCGCGUUGUUCUACGAGCUGGAAGAUUUGGGGUACGGUUUUGACGAUUUUUUGAAGAUUUUGUAAUUUUCAAAUGAGAACGCUUUUUCAUAAAGCUUUCAUAGCUGUUGUUGAGAAGGGAUUUCCAGAAAAGUAAAGGUAGAAAAUAGGAAAUGACAGGUUUUAAGGCUGUCCAACGGUAUAAUCUUUCUUUGUUUUCCGAAUUAUAGUGAUUUUUUUGGCCUUGCAAGGAUUUCAUGCCUUCAAACACUUUUUGAAGAAUCCGGGGAAAAAGUUGGAUUUUUUUUGAUAAUAGUCAUUUAUUCAUAGAUUUAUCAAUCUGAAAGAAGUUUUUUUCUUUAAAAAAAUAAAAAAAUAGAUCUAAAAAAAUCUUCCUUUUUUUCCGAAAUAUGCGUCCUGAAGUUUCGAAAAAUACAGUCAUUUAUAUCUGAACUUCAAGAACUGUAUUUCUUGAGACUAUGUGAUUUUGAAGGGUGAUUUUUGUUCUCGUCAAGUUUCUCGAUGGUUUGAAACUUCCAGUCCAAUGGAAAAAAAUAAAACUAGAAAAACUAUCAACAGUUUGGAAACGAAUGAUUUGAAAGAAAAUGGAUUUUCCAUAUAACAGGAAACUUUAAAAAUCGCAAAUUGCAGAAAUAAUGAAAUAAACUUUUUUUGAGGAGUUUGAAGCUUCAAAAUUUGGAAAAAAAGGUCUAUUAUCAGAGCUUCUCUUUAUUUCUGGAAUCAGAAGGCCCUGAGGUAUAUUUGGCAGGUAUCAUCAUAAUUUCCACCGAAGGCUUCCCUUAAAAAUCAGUCUUUUUUUCAGAGACAUCAAGAACAAGUCGGUGUUGCGUUUGCGGGAGAACACACGAGUCCAGUCGCCGAUUCGACCCUACUUUGAUCAUCCUGACUACCAUUCCGAGACUGAGAACGACGACGGCCGUCGGUCUGCCUGAAACUUCCUUCAUCCAUCGAUUUCCGACUCAGAUUCGUCUCCUUGGGACGGCCAGCGUCGGCGAUGGCCGCACCGGCCGAUUUCGGUCCUCCGAAGCGUCAGAAGGCCUUCGACCCCUACAGUGACCCCUACAGCUCUGACACGAGCAGCCACGACAGCCGAAGCGUCACUCGGUCCGGGUCCGCUACGCCGGUCAUUGACCGCGAGUCUAGGUUUUUUUUUUUCAGUGAAAACUUCAACUUUUAUGGGUUCUAUGAAAAUUCAGAAUGAGAGUCAAAAUUGGAGGUUAUCUUGCUGAUGAAAAAGUGAAUUUCUCCAAAAAAAAAAGUAGUUCAGGUUUUCCUGAAGCUUAUUAGAUCUAUCUGGUUUUUUCUUUAUUUUUUUUCAAACUUCAUCCUUUGCAAAAUCAAUUUUUCCUUUGGUUGUUAAAAGAAUUAUCUGAAUUGUCAUUUGAGAGCCAGAAAACAUUUAGGAUAGGCGAAAUACAGGGAGGCGGGAGUAGUUAAGAGUCGGGUGCGGAUAUCAAUUUUUGUGACUUGCAAAUAUUAUAAUUUUGCCAUUUUUAAAUUGAUUCUACAAAGUUCGAAAUAGCCGUCAGAGAGUGAAAAAAGAUAACUAAGUCUGGGAGAGUCAGAGAUAACCUUACAUUUUGCGGAAAUUACUUUGAACACGGCGUUCGAGCCAUUCCAAGUGCGGUCGCGGUUUUUCUUUGUAACACUUUAAAAAUCUGUUUCUCAUUUAUUCAAUCGUAUUCUAAUUUUUAGCCAAUCGGAAAAAAGUCGAUAAAUAAUAAAAUUUUUCUCUAAUUCUCACUAGCCAUUUUCAACUUUAUUUUUUCGAUUUUCGGAGAUUUUUCAUUUUACAACAGAAUGACUGAUCCACGACGUAUGAAAAUGAAAUAAUAACGACAAAAUGGAAAACAUCUGGCCGAGUCGUUGAAAAUAUGAACGACAGUGGUGUUUGUUUGGCAUCAGUCGUAUAGAUUCUUCUCUUUUUUUUCUCCUUUGUCUGAUUUUUGUUUUUAUUCUUGGAGAGUUGAAAAAUACUGACCAUUUUCAUUUUUGUCAAACUGUAUUCUUUAUAUCAUCUUUUGGAAACAAUGACUAUAUUCAAGGGUAAGAAUGGAGACGAUGGAGCGGCAAUUGGCCGGUCUUUCUUCCUUGGUCCACUCGGCUCUCGUCAGCAAGGGAAUGAGCCAAAGCACCCAGAAGGACAUGGCUGAUCUUCGAAGAGAGGUAUCAUAACUUCAUUUUGAAGAAAUCGAAGAAUUUUUUCGAAAUUAUGUACAGAUUGUUCAUUUUUUAAUUCUCUUUUCGAACUCUUUUAAAAUCGUUCAGUUUUCAUUUUUUGUCGAUUUAUGCGACAUCUUUUUUGCUUCCCUAAUUCAUUCUACUUCGCUUCUGAAACGUUAAGUUAGCUUCAUUCUAUAAUUUUAGUGGUUCAAAGCAGUAUUGACUUUUACUACACAGGGAAAAAAAUAAACAUAAACUUCAUUUUAGAAUUUUUUUUUUUGAUCUACGAUAAGGGGAAGUGAUAUUUUAGUGAAAUUUAGUAGUUAAAUGUUGAGAACAAAAUUUGGUUUUUGAAUAUAUUAAUUUAUGCAGAACCAGAAAAUAAUGUAGGCUUUGAGAAAAAUAGGGCGGUAAUGUGAAAAAAAAAGCAGAAAAUAAACAUAAAAAGCUGGAAAAACUGUAUAAAAAAUGUGUCAUUGGUUCAUCAAUUCGCAGAUCCUGGCGUUGCACCCCGAAGCGAUGCGAGAGGUCUCUGAAGAGCCGCCGUCGUCCCUGCCCGAGUCGGUCUCCUCCCACACGGCCAUGCAGCUCGGAUCCAUCCGGAACAAAGUCCAGCUCGCCAACACCGACCUCAAGCAGCUCAAGAGAACUGCCCAGGUCUCUCACUGAGUUCCUUUCAAACCUGAAUCUCAGAAAAUGUUUUAUUCAACGAUUGAUAGACUUUUCCAAUUGAAAGAGUAUAUUAAAACAGUGCUCCAUUCGACUUCCCUCAUUUUUAGGAAUUGGACAACUUCGCAGUUUCAAGUUUGGUUUGAAUGAAAAAGAGAGAAAAUGAGAUUGUUAUAUUAACGAAAAAUUCAAUAAUGAUCAUUUUUGAAUAAUAAGCAGAGUAACCCUUUUUCAGAACUCAUUCGAAGAUCGAAGCUAUUUUGAGAAGGUGAAAAAAAGGAAUGACUUCUAUCUUUAUCUUUCAGAAAUCCACUAUUAACUUCUCAUUAUCCAUCCUCUAAUUUGCAUCGAAACUCAUGGAAGAAUCUGAAAACACAGGUUAAGGUGAAAGAAUAACAGUCAGCACGAAAAAAUCGCUUCAUUAAUAUUAGUAGCUCAUGUGCGCUCUGUGGAGAAAAAUCUUGAAAAUUCCUGUUUUGCUUUUUUUUUAUUUCUGAUAUCAUCAAAAAGAAGGUCCUGACACGAUUGAAUGAAGAAAUAUUACAUGGUUGGUGGAAAGCUCAGACAGGCCACGCCCCUUGGCGUCUGAACGCCAUGAAUCGGCGAUAGUUUUGUCUAGCAUAUACGCUUAGACACCAGAGAGAAAACGAACUCAUUUUAAAGAAUGAAUAAGAUCCUAAUCACUCAAGUGACCCCUUGAUGCCUCUCCAAUGGUCUUUUAGAAUCCAGCAAUUCGGACUUCAGAGAUUGAAGCUGAAAAGUUCAUCCUCCAUGAAAGAACGUUUUAAAGUUCUCCUCCCGCUCGUUCCUAUUUCAGUUCGAAAUAUGCCAAAACUAGAAGCAAAAAAAACUCCCAGCACUACUAAGAAUAACGCCACUGCAUUGGACACACUCACUCUCCUCCUCUUUUUCCUUCAGAAUCGAAAAAAAUUCCAGGCGAAUGCCCAGGCGGCAAACUCGUUGAUCCGCGAGGCCGGGGAGAAGAUCGAGAAGAUCAUCUCCGACCGGAUGUCAUACGGCGGCGCCACGGCCGUCGGUCCUCAGUCGGCGACGUUUGGAAGACGUGAGAAUCGUCUGGAAGAAGCUUCGGAGCAGCCGAGGAUCGAACACGCCGCUCGUCUCGCUUCCCUUAUCAAUGAGUUGACGUCGGUUUUUUGGAUUUUGCAGAUUUUUUUAAAAUUGUAUUGACCUGAUGAGCAUAUAAACAAACUUGUAAAAAUCUUGGAAAAUGAAGAAUUUUUGGUGGCCUUUUUCCAAUCUAGCUUUGUAUGUCCUCAGAGUUUUUCCUUAUGAAAAAAAAACUGUUUUUUACGAGCUUAUGGAUUCCAUUUGAAGAUUUCAAGUUUUAAUCUAAUUUCAAUCACAAAAUGCGAGAUAUUUGAAGUAGUAGAUGAUUUUUUUGAAUAAACUAAUUUUUUUGAUCAUUUUUUUCUACAGCCUUUCUGCCCCUGUUCGAACGUUUUUCAUUGUUUUUUUAAAUUGGUUCAAAAGGUUCUGAUCAAAAUCAAAGAAAGACCUUUUUUUAUUAUUUCCAAAGUUUUUCAAAGCUUCUGCCAUGAUUCUGUGUAUCUGAAGCCGUUCUGAUCAAAUUCAAAUUUCAUAAAAUCAAGGUGGAAAUAAAUUUUUUCAGAAGUUUCGAGCAGAACGUCGAGAACGUCCGCGGCAGUGUCCUCACCAACAACAAGAAGCUGAGAAUGUCUGAAGUCGAACAACUUACCGAGAAACUCACCGAAAUCGGCAGGCUCGCCGCGGCUCUCAAAAGUUGGUUUUGAUAUUCAACUCGAAAGUUUUUAUUGGACCAGCCGAUUAUUAAAACUUGUUUUUUCGAUGAACUUUAAGACUCGAAACGGUUUCACAUACUUUGAUUUUUUCUUCGUUUUCAUGUCUUUUUUUAUUCUCCUAGAGACAAUUGGUCAAUCAAGCUUGUCUUGAUUAAUUAUUCAGAAAAGAUAUUUUGGAUGAACUUAGACAUUCAUCAUUUAUAUUCAGUCUUCAGAGAAGAUUCUCUGCUAAGUCUUUUAAUGAAAAAUAUUUUCCUCGGUUUACGAAACUGUGGAUGAACUUGUAGAUGAAAAACGAAAAUAACAAACAAAUCUUUCAGCUGACUUCCCGCCAAUCCAACAGAACAUUGAAAAGCGGAUCAAAGAAGACAUGGAACGUGUCGUUCGUGAGGAAAAGUUCAUCCGCGACCAGACGGCCGCCGUCGACCAAAGCCUUCGAAGGUCCGUUCCAGUGGAAAAAUGAAUAAAAGAGAAUUUCAGGUGCAAAGCCUUGGCUAACAUUAUGGUGACGAUGAAAAAGCUGGCGAUGGUCCAGGACCCGAGUAUCCAGAGAGCGCGAAAGGUGAAGAGCAAAUGAGAGAAACGAAGAAAGCUUAAAAUUUCGGUUCCAAAAAAAAAGAUUCCAAAAAUGAUAGUUCUUUGAUUUCAAAAAUAGAAAUUCUUAUGGAAACUCUCAAACAGUCGAUUGGAAGUAAAUUCCUUGAAACCUUGAAAAUGUAUACGGACACCUUUGUCUACAUUUUUUGGGUUUUAAUAAUGGCCCAUUUUUUAAUCGACUUCCGAAACUCAAUUUUCGCCUUUUUCUAGUUUCCACACUCUUGUGUGGUUUUUUCUAUACUUCUUUCAUUAUAAAAAGAAAAAGUAUCCUUUCCAAACGUUUGUCUAAUUGAAAUGGUCUAUUAAACUAGAAACUGCUUAUAGAAAUCGAAAUGGUGAGAGAAAAGAGGGCGCAGAGAAGCUAGAGGAAUGUGCAUGAACGUUAAUAAAAAUGUAAAUGAGCUUCGAGAAGAAAAAAUUUCAAUAUUUCACGGAUUCGCAAAUUUUUAAGCUGGAAAUGCUAGUUAAACGUAGAAAUGGAAGUUUUGGCUCCUGGGAACUUAUUUACGGGUUUGAAUUUUCUCUGCGUAAACUUUGGAGCAUACGGCUUCAGAUUUUCCAAGAUGCGGUUGGGAAGUACAGUCCCGUCUGAAAAGAUACGAGAAAACCUUCCUUGUAAGGAGUUCAAUCUUCCUGAUAGAUUCUAAAGCUGCAUUUUUUGUUUUCUGUGAACUGAAACUUCAUCAGAGGGUUAAAAAUGACGAUCAUCACAACCCCAGAAAGUUUCAGAAAGAGUGAAUUCCUUACAAGAAAGUUGUGACAAAAACUCAGUUUUUUCGUAUCUUUUCUGACGGUACUCUUUAUUUUAAUUUUCACGAAAAAAGUGUCUAUUGAAGGACGCACCGUCGCCAGCGCCAUCUUCACCGUCACUACCGCCUCAUCCGUCCCAAGCCAUCCAGUACCCUGCCGCUCAGGUCCACGGACCUUCUCCUCUGGCAGCCAGCCAACCUCCGCCUCCUCCACCACCGCCUCCACCAGCUCAGGUCUUCAUUCUCCCCUUUUCUAUCCUCUGUAUCGCCAACUGUCAAAGUUCUUGUUGCAUAAACGGCCGCGGCACAACUAAGCUUCUCUGCCCCAUCGCUAACCGUCUGUUCUUGCCUGCAGGAACGCGAGAUCGCCGCGCCCUUCACACCGACUCUGCCGAGGAACGCGGCGCCGAUUCUGCCGCCGAUCCCCGACGACACCCCGCGCACGCCCGCCGACGCCUUGGACGGAGUCCUGCAAGAGGUUCAGCUCGAUCCCUCUGUUGUGUGCCGCAAAUUAGUAUUGAAAUUAGUUCAUUAAAAGCCUUUGUUGGAAAUCAAACUGUCUGGCUUGUCUGCGCUCUCUUUUCCCUCUCCAAUAGGAGAAUGGAAACAGCACGUAAACGCCACUGAGUUGAGAGAGCGCAGAACGUUUCUAGAGCAUCGAGAUGAAUAAAGUUGGAGAGCAACGAGACAACUCGCUUUUUUCUUUAGCUCUCUGUAAUCUAUCCUCUUUCUUUCUCUCUUUCUUUCAUAGCGGUAGUUUUUAUUUUAUGAGAAGUUAGUUAGAGAGCGCUGGAUAGAAAGAUAGCGAAAAUUUCUGGUCUGGAGUCUCUCUUCUUUCAAUACUCUCUGAAAUCCAUUCACUUUAACUAUUUUUUUUUAGAAUAGCUUCUAAAUACAUGUACUUAUGUGUGUGAUCCCAAAUCCUUUGCUUUUUCACUUUUUAAUAAAAAAUAGCUAUGAUUUUUUUUCUGAGAAUCGCCUUAACAGACCGCUUUUUAACAAGUACUUUCUUCCAAAAAUAACGAUUUACGGGAACAUGAACUUCAGGUCGGCCAACCAGGACAGCCUCCCAGGCCGCCGAGUCGGUUUUCGGUGCAGGACGUCCGGCAGAAGUUCACAAAGCCGCCGGAACUUCCCGAGCAGAUCAAAAGUUUGAUUGAAGACGUCGCGAGAAGGGCCUCUCCGGCGCCGGAUCAGUCGGCUGUGGCCGAUCGGAGGUGCAUAUCGUUCAGAUGUUUUCGUGAAGAUUUUGAGAAGAAAAAAAGAAUCGGAUCAAAAUUCAGAAAUUUUUCACUCUUUCAGCAGUCACGGUUUUUUUUUAAAACUAAAUCAUACGUCGGCUGGAUCCCACCUCGGGGUGCGGCCUACACCCAUCGACGGUUUUUACAGAAGAAUGCAAGAUCUAUUAAUAAACUUGACCAACAACUUUUUUCGUUCUUCAGGAAAUUGUAAAGAUUUAAAUGUUUAAUCAAAACCCAGCUUUUCAGCUUUUUCAGUUUGUAUCGAAUUUGUGUGAGGAAUUAGGAAAAGAAAUGGUCUUUGAACGAACAAACUCACUAUAAAUUCAACCAGAAACGUAUUCUUUUCAGCCCAAUCGUCCUUACGCUACGUGAAUACAAUUUUUGAUUUUGGACUUUGAACGAAAUUAAAAACCUUUUCAAGCUUCUGAUUCAGAAUUUUGAAAUAGCAGGUCUUUUUUUUCAAAUUUCCUCCCAUUUCCAGUCCAAAGUACUUGAGAAAUCAUGUUCCCGUAUCAGUUAAACUAGUAAAAUGAAUGAAAGUGCUUUCGAUUUAAUGGAACUUUGAAUCGCGAUUAAUAGUUUUCUCCGGCAAGUUCUGGUUGAAUUAUCAUUCUUAUCAACUAGUGACACUCAAAAAUGUUUUGUAAAAUGAGAAGUAGAAUUAUUGAAGAAAAACGUCCGUCAUUUGCAGACAAGACCUCGAGGAACGCCAGGAACGACUAGCAGAAAAGCAACGCCAAUUGCGGUCCCAGUUCCAGCAACUUCAGCAACUCGCCCCUCUUCCUUGA